AUGACAAAUUCUGAUUCGGAUGCAAAGUAUAUUGUAUAUAAACAUUAUGAUGAUGUAAAAUAUCAAUUCGAUAGAAGUAAAGAUUUUGUAUAUGACAAUAAUGAAUUCGAAAAAAUAAUUAAUGAUGUAAGAGCAGAAGCAAAAAGACUGAAAUUAUCUGAUGAUAUUUUUAUAAGACUACAUAAAACAUUAUUAAACUAUGGUGUUUUUUACAAAACUCAUUUGAUCGAUAACUAUUGUAUUUUUGUUAAUUUAUGGUUAAAUGAUCAAAAUACUUGCUUAGGCUAUGUAAAAUACCUAAAUGAUGAUAUAUAUAAUAGAAUGGAAAUCUUAAUUUCUUUGUAUAAAACGUAUAAUCAAAUUAAAACAUUCAGUGGAACGGAUAAUGAUUAUUUAUGCAGUCUAUUUAGCUUUAUGGGGCGAAACUAUAGGGAUGCUAUUGAUAAUCAUAAAAGUGAUAGUAAUUUUAUAAAAAUAUUAGAAGAAUUUAUAAAUUCAAUUAAAACAGAUAAAUGGUCAACUAAUGAUAUAUGUCCACUGAGUAAUUAUAUAAAAUUCCCCGAACAAAAUCCUCCACAAUCUAUAAAAACUUCUGAAGAAUUGAAACAACCAAAAGAUUUACCACAUGUACCAGCAUCACAUGACUUACCGAGAUUACAAAAUUCACCAAGUUCAGAUUCAAGAUUAAGUUCACAUGAUACUCCAGGAUCACAAGGUCCAUCAAGAACGGAGGAUAAUGCACAAAGAGAUCAAUUAUUAGGGUCACAUUUUACAGCGCGUUCCCGAGAAAAUUCAGAUCCAGUAGUAGAAAAUACAUCACAAUAUUCAUCAGAACAACGAGGAGAAAGAGGAUUACAAAUAAAUUCAUUAUAUGCUGCAUCAUUAGAAGUACCAAUACCAGCAAGGCAGGUACAAAAUAUGGAAACAGAUGAAUCAUGGAGUACUGAGGGUUUUGGUAGAUAUAAAACGAUGGAUACAUCAGAAGGUAGUAUAACUGUACUAGAUCCAAAUACUCAUGCAAUCCCCCAAGUAGGGUUAAUGAGAAUAAUACAAGUUGGAGCCUUCUUUAGAGGAGGAAGAGGACGCGUACGUAGAAUUCCUAGUGGUUUCCAUGGACCGUUCCUAGGAGAAUUCCCAGGAUAUGAAGAAUAUGAUGGUAGGUAUAUUGGAUAUGGUCCAAUGAAUCCUCUCGCGGAAUAG